UGCUUGUGGUGGGUGUAGAGUGUGUGUAGAUCACAGAGCGCUAGUUUCGAAUCGCUAUCUCAGUGAGGACGGCGGGUUGUAGCGAUGUACAGACCGAAUUAUCGCUCUCCUAACUCCUGUGGAGGCGGCGGUGGUGUUGAUGGAAGCCCGGGGCCCUUCCGCAGUCCAGGGCCUUUUCCAGGCUCUGGGAGCCCCAUGCUUCCUCCGCCAUUGCCGCCUUGGGGCUACGGGAGUCCGCACACGCCGAGUUACGGGCAGAGGCCUUCCAGGCCGUACGGGAGCGGGGGAGGGCAGUCUCCGCGGUCUUCACCUUCUCAGGGGAGCUGGUAUGGCGCCCAGUCUCCAGGUAAUACUUCACCCCGAAGAGGCAGCCCUCGCUUUAACGUGUCACCGUACAACAAGUCUCCAGGAGGAGGAGGAGGAAACCACCACUACCAGCAGCACAACGCCCGAGGAUACACUUCACCCAGACACCCCGCCAACUAUCAGGGUUCUCCCAGGACAUCUACACCUUACGGUGCGGCGCAUGGCAGAGGGAAGAGAGUGUCUGAUGUGGAAAACUAUUACACACCUUCAAUGCUUGAGGAUCCUUGGGCUAACCUAAAGCCAUUAUCCUUAUCAGACAUAGACCAAAAGAACAACAGUGAGCAGACCACAAAUACUGGCAGAAGAGGGAGGUAUUUUAGCUAAACCCUAAAAUCCCAACCUCUGAGUGUAGACUAAAAACAAGGGAUGGUAAAGGACACAAGUCGACACUUUUUUAAUUUUGAGAAAAAAAUUCUUUUAUCAGAUUUAUUUUUUUAUUGCAGCCGAUAUUACCGCCAAUACGGUGUUUUGGAAGUCUAGCGUUGUAGGCAAAAGUCAGGAAGUCCACCAGCAAUGAAGAACAAGUUGUUCUAUAAUCACCAGCGUUCUGUGACUGUCUUACACAGGUUUCACUUUCCAAGACUUCCUACUGCUCUACAUCCCUUAGGCUUAUCCUAAAGCCUAAUUUUUACUAUUUGUUCCACUAAAUUGGAUUUAUUUUUAGGAAAUACAAUGGGUUUAUAAUCUGUUUACGCUAAAAGUAUAUUAUUUGUAUGUAAUUUUCAGAGGAGCGGUUCGUUUUAUAUUCUAAAAUGUCACUGACAUGGUGUUGCGUCAUGCCCAGAUUUUUUUUUUUUUGGUGUGAUGUGCUUCUAAGUUUUAAUCAACAAAAAGUUGCUUCAUGGAAGCAGGUUAGUUUUGACAUAUACAUUGUGUUUUUGAUUUUUGCUGUAGAAGCCAAAUUGCUUACCUGUUUUUUGAGCAAAGUAUAUGGCUAACUUGUAUUGUUUGUAUAAUUUUGUCUUGAGAGAUUUUUAAUUUAUAAAAGAAAACACUGACGUGUUUUAAUUUAUAAUAGUUUUAUUUGCAUCAAUGCUAAAAGUUUAACCUUUUAGGGAUCACAAAUAUAUAAAGUGUGUAAACGUAAUGUAAGUGUGUAUAAUCAGGAACAUAAUCAUAAAGAUGAGGUUAGCCAUGACCUCUGCUAAAUGUAAUAUUUACUUAUGGCUUUGGUUUAAUUAUUUUAACUAUGUUAUAAUGUUUAUAGAGUGAUCAUCUCUGUCCAUUAAAGUUUUGUUUGGUAGUGUGGGAACUGGAGCCGCUUUAGCAGUUUGAAAUUUCAUUAUUGUAGCCCAAGUCAGGGCUCCAAGACCAAAUACAGUGUUUGUCCUUUCCUAUGUAGUAAAAAAUACUAUAACUGG